GCCCCCGGCCCCGCCGCCCCCGCGGCCCCCGGGGCCCGCCCGCAUCGGCUACUACGAGAUCGAGCGCACCAUCGGCAAGGGCAACUUCGCCGUCGUCAAGCUGGCCACGCACCUGGUGACCCGCGCCAAGGUUGCUAUCAAGAUAAUUGAUAAGACGCAGCUGGAUGAGGAGAAUCUGAAGAAGAUAUUCAGAGAAGUUCAGAUCAUGAAGAUGCUUUGCCACCCACAUAUCAUCAGGUUAUAUCAGGUUAUGGAGACGGAGAGGAUGAUUUAUCUAGUGACGGAGUACGCUAGCGGAGGGGAAAUAUUUGAUCACCUGGUGGCCCACGGACGCAUGGCGGAGAAGGAAGCUCGGAGAAAGUUCAAACAAAUAGUGGCCGCUGUCAACUUCUGCCACUGUCGUAAUAUCGUUCACAGAGAUCUCAAGGCAGAAAACCUACUUCUGGAUGCUAACCUCAACAUCAAAAUAGCAGAUUUUGGAUUCAGUAACAUCUUCACACCUGGCCAGCUGCUUAAAACCUGGUGUGGAAGUCCUCCCUAUGCCGCUCCAGAGCUCUUUGAAGGAAAGGAAUACGAUGGGCCAAAGGUUGACAUUUGGAGUCUCGGUGUGGUGCUGUACGUGCUGGUCUGCGGCGCUCUGCCCUUCGAUGGGAGCACGCUGCAGAAUCUGCGCGCAAGGGUGCUCAGCGGGAAGUUUCGCAUUCCAUUUUUCAUGUCCACAGAAUGUGAACAUCUGAUCCGCCACAUGCUGGUCUUGGACCCAAGCAAGCGGCUCUCAAUGGAGCAGAUCUGCAAACACAAGUGGAUGAAGCUUGGAGAGGCUGAUGCAGAGUUUGACAGGCUGAUAGCAGAGUGUCAGCACCUGAAGACUGAGAGGCAGAUGGAGCCACUGAACGAGGAUGUGCUGCUAGCAAUGGCAGAAAUGGGGCUGGACAAGGAACGCACAAUUCAGUCAUUGAGAGCUGAUGCUUAUGAUCACUACAGUGCAAUCUACAGCUUGCUGUGCGACCGUCUGAAGAGACACAAGAAUCUGCGCAUUGCACCAUCUCCAAGUAUACCACGGACCAUGACCUUCCCCACCUCUGCUAACAUCCAGCAGACAGAGCAGGCAGGCAAUACCAUGAGCAUCAACGUGCCACAAGUCCAGCUCAUCAAUCCUGAAAACCAGAUUGUGGAGACUGAUGGAACGAUGAACUUGGACAGCGAUGAAGGGGAAGAGCCAUCACCUGAGGCUCUGGUCCGUUACCUCUCGAUGAGAAGGCACACGGUUGGAGUAGCUGACCCACGGACGGAAGUCAUGGAAGAUCUGCAGAAGCUCCUGCCUGGCUUCCCUCGUGUCACUCCUCAGGCUCCGUUCCUGCAGGUGACCCCGAACGUGAACUUCAUGCACAACGUGCUGCCCAGGCAGAACCUGCAGCCCACGGGUCAGCUGGAGUACAAGGAGCAGUCCCUGCUGCAGCCCCCCACCCUGCAGCUGCUGAAUGGCAUGGGCCCUCUGGGGCGGAGAGCGUCAGAUGGCGGAGCUAACAUCCAGUUACACGCACAGCAACUGCUGAAACGUCCUCGAGGUCCAUCUCCACUUGUCACUAUGACACCAGCUGUCCCAGCUGUCACUCCUGUGGAUGAGGAGAGCUCCGACGGGGAGCCAGAUCAGGAAGCUGUGCAGAGAUACUUGGCAAAUAGGUCAAAAAGGCACACUCUGGCAAUGACCAACCCUACAGCUGAAAUCCCUCCAGACUUGCAGAGGCAGCUAGGACAGCAGUCCUUCCGACCCCGGGCUUGGGCUCCACACCUGGUACCCGAUCAGCACCGUUCUAUUUACAAGGACUCCAAUACUCUGCACCUCCCCACUGAACGCUUCUCCCCGGUUCGGCGCUUCUCUGAUGGUGCUGCCAGCAUCCAGGCUUUCAAAGCCCACCUGGAGAAGAUGGGCAAUAACAGCAGCAUCAAACAGCUUCAGCAGGAGUGUGAGCAGCUUCAGAAGAUGUAUGGUGGGCACAUGGAUGAGAGGACACUGGAGAAGACGCAGCAGCAGCACAUGUUGUAUCAGCAGGAGCAGCACCAUCAGAUUCUUCAUCAGCAGAUUCAGGACUGUAUCCGGCCACCUCAGCCGUCUCCACCCUUGCAAGCUCAAUGUGAAAACCAGCCGGCUCUGCUCACUCACCAGCUUCAGAGGUUACGGAUUCAGCCAUCCAGCCCGCCCCCGAACCACCCUAAUAACCAUCUCUUCAGGCAACCAAACAGUAGCCCACCUCCUGUGAGCAGCAGUGUGCUCCAGCCCCACGGUGCAGCCUCCCAGUCCCAGUUCCAAGGGAUGCCGUCCCACAACACGAUCUUCCCGCAGUCUGGUAACUGUUCCCCCCCCCCAAACAUGGGGCUGACGUGCCUGGGCCUGCAGCAGCAGUCACAGCCUCAGCAGGUCACCAUCCAAGUGCAGGAGCCCGGUGACAUGGUCAGCAACAACCUCCUGCAAGGCGCCUCGGUGGCCGGGCAGGGCAUGUCCUCCCACGCGCGGGGCAUGUCCAUCAGCCCCAGCGCCAACCAGAUGCAGAUGCAGCACCGUGCGAACCUGAUGGCCUCCCUCACCUACGGCCACAGGCAGCUGUCCAAGCAGCUCAGCGCCGACAGCGCCGAGUCGCACAGUCUGAACGUGAACAGGUAUUCCCCUGCCAACUACGACCAGGUGCACUUACACCCCCACCUGUUCCCGGAGCAGCCUCGUGUUUCCCCCAGUAACUACAGCCCAUCGGGAGGAGUUGGGUUUCCUCCGGCUCAGCAAGCUCUGAAAGUCCCACAGCUUGACCAGUAUCCCAAUUUCCCUCAAAAUGCACAUCAGCAACAGCAGCACUACACUGCAUCGGCACUACAGCAAGCACUGUUGUCCCCGACACCUCCCGAUUACAGCCGACACCAGCAGGUACCGCACAUCCUCCAGGGACUACUUUCUCCCCGGCACUCGCUCACGGGGCACACGGACAUGCGGCUGCCCCAGGCAGAAUUUGCACAGCUCAUCAAACGGCGGCAGCAGCAGCAGCAGCAGCAGCAGCAGCAAGAAUUUCAAGAGUUGUUCAGGCAUAUGAGUCAAGGGGAUGCUGGGAACAUGGGCGCCAGCAUGGGACAGAGCCUGUCGGAGCGUCAGUCGUUGUCUUUGCCUUACCAGAGUGCUGACACGUACCAUCCGCAGAACAGCCCCCAGCAUCUCUUAAAAAUCAGGGCGCAAGAAUGUAUCCAGCAGGUACCUGCAUCCGUGCCACCACACGGAUAUGUACACCAGCCAGCUCUGUUCCACUCGGAGAGCAUGGAGGAGGACUGUGCGUGCGAGGGCGCCAGGGACAGCUUUCCAGACAGUAAGAAUUCAAACACAUUGACCAAAGGUUGCCACGAGACCCCUCUGCUUGUAAAUGCAGGAGGGCACGGGGACCCAGAAUCUUUGCUAGGAACUGCUAAUCACGCGCAGGAGUUGGGGACACAUCAAUACAGACAUCAGCCCGCUGCUGGAUUCAGUAGGAAUAAGGUGCCCAGCAGAGAGUCUAUCGUAGGGAACUGUAUGGACAGGAGCUCCCCCGGCCAAGCGAUGCAGGUGCCUGACCACAACGGACUGGGCUACCCUGCGCGACCCGCGGCCGGCGAGCACCCACGGCCCAGGACCCUGCAGAGACAUCACACCAUCCAGAACAGCGAUGACGCCUACGUGCAGUUAGAUAACUUGCCUGGAAUGAGUUUAAUGGCAGGAAAAGCACUCAGCUCUGCUCGGAUGUCUGAUGCCGUCCUCAGCCAGUCGUCACUCAUGGCCAGCCAGCAGCUGCGGGACAGGGAGAGCGAGGAAUGCGGAGAAGGUUUGGAAGGUCAAGAGCAUCCCAACCUAGGUGAUGGCAACCAGCAUCUAAACACCUCCUGUUACCCGUCGACAUGUAUUACGGACGUCCUACUGAGUUACAAGCACCCGGAGGUGCCCUUUGGGAUGGAGCAGGCAGGGGUGUAACGAGGAGGGAGUUUUAUGUACAGCUUUGAAAUGAAAAAGGUCCAUUUUAAACCAACAGUAUCUAGCAGCAUUGCGCCAAAUUGCCGUAGUAUUUCUGACUAACUGGAAUACCAUGGCCCCUUUCCUCAUAAUCAGUUCAUCCAGUGUGUUGUUCCUUUGGUUUCUUUAAUUUUUGCCAUAUUUGCCUGUAACUCCAGCUAUCACAGAAAUAACCAGAGAACCCGAGUCCUACACGUCAGCAGAGGAUUCAUGGAGCCUGAGCACUGAGUCUGGUUUUGGAGGGCUUUCACUGGCCGGGCAGGGCCGCGGGGCUGCUCUGGUCCAGGAGCAGAGGGACCGGUGCCUCCCGGCGCACGGGGAAGGAGCAGGCGGGGAUGGAAGCUGAGCGCUGCGCUGAGCCAUCGCAGCCCCGGAGCGGAGCCGUCCCCAGGAGGCCGUGCUGCCCUUCCCUCCCGAAUCCUUUGCACUGGGGAGGGACCCGGCGGGACCGAGCCUGGGAGCGGGGGCAGAAGGAGGGGGCCCCGCUGCCCGGCCCUCCCCGCGGGAGCACCUACCCCUGGUGCAAUACGCUUCUUGUCUCACCUUCGUCUGCUUUUGUUCUUACUUCAUUUUGUCAUCGUGCUAAGAGGAUCACUUCUUCCCCCACCCUCCCCCUUUUUAACCUUUUCUUUUCAAAUCCGCAUACAACUUUUUGUUUUUGUUUUUGUUUUUUUCUCAUGGCUUAAUGUAGGGAAGACAGAUUUUUUUCUUUGUUUUCUUAGCUUUUCCUCCUGAUCAUGUAGGAAUUGUUUUUUGGUAAAUGUUGUUUUAUUAUUAUUGUUAUUAAUAAAAGGCAAAAGGAAUUUCUGUUUGAGAGAAAUUUUUAACUAGAUUCUGUUCUAUAUGAAUUGUGACUUGCACCUUUUGUUCAAAGUAUUUUAUUUCUUUUAAUGACUUUGUAAUUGUGACUGGUUUUCUCUCUCGUGCCAGUGGCGAAAGUGGUAUUCUCCUUUAUACAGUUCAGACAUGCAUACAUCUCUUCUUUGUCCUUUCCAUUCUUUCCUUGACUGAGAGAAAGCAAACCCCCAGCAGCCGGGGCUCGGGGAGCGCCUGGUGUCAUCAUUGCCUUUGGGACUUCACGAGCUACAGCUGAAAUUCUUCUGAUUGACACUUUGGGAAUCUUUUUUUUUAAAAAAAAAAAAAAAAAAAGGAAAAAUCGACCCAGCCCUCCUGAAUUUGCACAGAAGGAAGUGUGAAACCAGCAUGGCAGAGGUUAAUUCGCUAUUGCUACCAAUGCCUCUUCCCACCCCCUCCCCACCCUGUCCCCAGGAAAAUAAUGCUAAAUGGAUCUGCAGCCCAGAAAACCAGAAAGGAGGAAAAACUCGGCAGCUGCCAAGCAGCAUCUCCCCGGCCAGCGUUCCUGCUGGCACCCUCGAGCUGCUCGGGCUCAGUCGGGGCGUAGCUGUCCUGCUGCAUUUAUUUCCCCACCUGGUGAAGGGGGUCCUGUGCGGGCCGGGGGGCGCGGGGAGCCGGGCAGGGCUUGCCGGGCUUCAGCGGGAAGAUGCCAGGAAACACUGAAAGCCUUUCGCUCUGUACCUUCGGUUUGUUUUCCUUUUGUUUACAUGACACUGUAUUUCUGGGAGAGUUGACAGCCACCCUACAGUAAGCAUCCAAAAAAAGCAGGGACUCGCUUAACCGUGCCAUUUCGCAGUAUCACACUUUUUUUUAUCAUUGCUUUGUAUUGUAGUAAUCAAUACGCGCAGUAUAUGUUGAAUGUAUAUUAAUAUACUUUGCUAUUAUUUCUGUUUUUUGGAAAUGUCAGAAGUAUUUUUCUUCCUCAUUUAUGUUGGACUAAAAAAAAAAAAACAAGUUUCGGUAAAUCUUCAGUCCAUUUUUUUGUGGGUCACUUGCAACUAGUCAAUUAGUUGGACAGUGGGAUCAUGACAAAUAAAACCAUGAUUAUG